UAGGCAAGGCAAAAGGCAAAGGCUGAAAGAGGGAGAGAGGAGGUGGAGGAGAGAUCCUUUCACACAUGCUCACAGAAUACAAGACCGGGGCUCCGAUGCGGUCUUUCGUGGACGCUGGGCUAAGUUGACGGACGUCCUCGUCACGUACCUUCUGCUUUCCUUCUUCUUCUUCUUCUUCUUCUUCUUCUUCUUCUUUGAUAGAAAAGAUAUAAGAGCAAGAGAGAGAAGUUGAGGAGGAGGAGGAGGAGGAGAUUUGGAUUUGGAGUUUUGAGGGAUAGAGAGAUGAGGGGAAGAGGGAACGUGGGGAGUGAGAAGAGGGUGUCGACUAGAUGGAUCCUGAUUCUUUGCAUUUCGAGUUUUGGGCUUGGGAUGCUCUUCACUAAUAGGCUGUGGGUAACACCGGAACCGGGCGGUCAUUUUAUAUCAAGGCGACGACAGGAGCAAGAACUCCAGAUUAUCUCUGAGGAUUGUACUACAAAACGGAAGCUUGGGCAGGAUAAGGAUAUAAUGGGGGAGGUGACCAAGACUCAUGAGGCCAUCCAAUCUUUGGACAAGACAAUAGCUACUCUGCAAAUGGAAUUGGCAGCUUCACGAAGUUCGCAGCAGAUCGGUGUCGAUGGUUCGCCAUCAAUCACAACCGCUACUCAACAACAAAGGCAGAAGGCCUUCUUUGUUAUGGGGAUCAAUACGGCAUUUAGCAGCAGGAAGAGAAGGGAUUCAGUCAGAGCUACUUGGAUGCCUCAAGGUGAGAAGCUCCAACAACUAGAGCGUGAGAAGGGAAUUGUCAUCCGGUUUAUGAUUGGUCACAGUGCUACAUCCAACAGCAUUCUUGAUCGGGCUAUUGAUUCAGAAGAGGCUCAACAUAAUGAUUUUCUCAGAUUGGAGCAUGUUGAAGGGUAUCACGAACUGUCUGCAAAAACUAAAACAUUUUUCUCCACGGCAGUUGCUAAAUGGGAUGCUGACUUUUACAUCAAGGUUGAUGAUGACGUACAUGUCAAUCUAGGUAUGUUGGCUGCAACCCUUGCCAAACAUAGAUCAAAGCCCAGAGUGUACAUUGGGUGCAUGAAGUCUGGUCCAGUUCUUUCUCAGAAGAGUGUUAAGUAUCAUGAACCUGAAUACUGGAAAUUCGGUGAGGAAGGAAACAAGUACUUCCGUCAUGCAACUGGACAGAUUUAUGCUAUCUCAAAAGAUCUUGCCACAUACAUCUCGAUCAACCAGCCUAUAUUGCACAAAUAUGCUAAUGAGGACGUAUCACUGGGUUCUUGGUUCAUUGGACUUGAAGUUGAACACAUUGAUGAUCGGAGCAUGUGUUGUGGAACCCCGCCAGACUGUGAGUGGAAAGCCCAGGCAGGAAAUGUAUGCAUAGCAUCAUUUGAUUGGAGCUGCAGUGGGAUCUGCAAAUCAGUGGAGAGAAUAAAAGAAGUCCACGAAAAAUGCGGAGAAGGAGAUGGUGCUGUUUGGGGUGCUAUUUAGUACACAGGACUUAGUGAGACCUUAGAAUUUUGCUGUAAAUGGCAACAAUCAUUGCUCAACUAGACUGCAGACAGGUUCAAGAUUAAGUUCUGAUAUCCCCUGAUGAUUGAAUUGAAAAACUAGAGUUAAAUGUGAGAUCAAAAAGCCAUUGGACCACAACGACAUAUCGGAAGGAGCUGCUUGUGUAUCAGAAACACUGUUUGUACUAGACUGCAGGUCCCAGAGAUCUGUUCAACAGACUAAUUUAUCACUUGAUUUUCAUUGUGGAAUAUGCAGCUUGUAGAGAAUGUGUAUGUUGUCGUAUUGGAAUACUACAAAUGUUUUAUCAACAAUUUUGUUCAGAGAGUUAUUGACAUUCGUUGAAACGGAAUCAAUAGAUUGAAGAUCUUCAUGGCU